AUGGUUGAACAGGCUGUCGCCACCUACGUGCCGCAGCAGGUUCCCCUACCUCCGGUACCUGCAACCUCUUACUUCUCGGAGACGCAGUGGGAGAUAUUAUUCUCACUGGCAGAUGCAAUAAUCCCGUCCAUUUGCACCCCUUUCACGUCUAGGUCAUCUAAUGACAGAGUAAUCUCGCAAGCUGAGUGGGAUGUUGCCGUAUCAAAGCUGAAGGCCACCAUUGCGGGACCUGAUGCGGCGAAUAUUGCAUUUCAAUAUUUGAAAGAAGAUGCUUCGUCGAAUCCAGCUUUCCGUACCUGCAUCGAGCGCAUCUUCGGCAAUUUUGUGCAUGAGGAGGGGCGGAGCGGCUUUGGGCUGAUUCUAAACGCGCUCAAUACCUACGCUGGAUCAUUCAUCCUCACUGGGUCGACUACAUUAAUCCACCAGCAGCCGCUGGCCGUCCGGGAAAAUAUCCUUCGUGGAUGGGAUACAUCGCGAUUACCCCCUCUGCGAGUCAUCUACCGGGUACUUACUGCGAUCGUCAAGAAAUCGUGGGUGAUUACUAGCCCGACGAUCAGCCUAGUACUCGGGAUUCCACGUGUCCCAGUUCAUGGCAAGCCCAGCGACGGGUUCCCAUACGAGUUUCUGCAGUUCCCACCAGGAGACCUGCCAGAGACUAUCGAGAUUGAUGUCGUGGUGGUAGGCAGUGGCUGUGGUGGCGCCGUAGCCGCGAAGAACUUAGCCGAAGCAGGAAAUAAGGUGCUCUUAGUAGAGAAGUCCUACUCAUAUACUACCAAAACUUUUCCUAUGACGCCUAACGAAGGUUUUGUGAGCAUGUUUGAGGCCGGAGGCGCCGUCAUCAGUGACGAUGGGUGCACGGCCAUGCUAGCGGGCUCAACCUGGGGAGGUGGCGGCACGGUGAACUGGUCUGCAUCCUUGCAGACACAGGGAUAUGUCCGAGAGGAAUGGGCAAACACCGGAUUGCCCUUCUUCACCUCGCUUGAGUUCCAACGAAGCCUUGAUCGCGUCUGCGAUCGAAUGGGGGUGAACACCGAGCAUAUCCGCCACAACCGCCAGAACAACGUUAUUUUGGAAGGCGCGCGCAAACUAGGCUAUGCCGCCAAGCCGGUUCCACAGAACACAGGCAAUAGCGAACACUACUGUGGUUACUGCAUGUUAGGAUGUCCCUCGACCGGAAAGAAUGGACCCACUGUAACGUGGCUGGCUGAUGCCGCGCAGGCCGGGGCAACUUUUGUCGAGGGCUUCCGCGCCGACAAGGUGCUCUUCAACAAGGUUGAUGGCAGGCGGGUUGCAUCCGGGGUGGAAGGAACCUGGACCUCGCGAGAUUCGUUUUUGGGACUGAGCGGCGAGGGAGCCGUUCGACUUAUCAUGGCUGUUGCUGUUUUUGACGAGGAGACUCGUCCGUGGGAGGGCUCUGCGUUGACAACGGUGGUGAACGAGUUUGAGGACCUUGAUGGUCGUGGACAUGGUGUGAAAAUUGAAGGGUUAACGAUGAUGCCGUCCUUGGGGAUACCCGUGUUCCCUUGGCGGAACGGAUUGGACUACAAGUUGUUCGCGGCUAGCAUCAACCAUAGCACCAGCUUCAUCACCCUUACUAGGGAUCGUGAUGGUGGGCGUGUCUAUCCGGACCCAGCGGAUGGACGUGUCCGUGUCGACUACGCCGUCUCUGCAUUUGAUCGCAAGCACGUCGUGGAGGGACUGAUCGCUUCAGCCAAAAUUGCAUAUAUCUCAGGCGCCAAGGAAUUCCACACGACCUACCGUGACAUGCCGCCGUUCAUCCGCCCCAACGCCUCCAACCAAGAAGCUCCUGAGGGCACCAAUGAUGCUACCCUACAGGGCUGGAUUGCUGAGCUCCGACGCAAAUCGCCCUUGAACCCGGAGCGGGCCUUCUUCGGCAGCGCUCACCAAAUGGGUACGUGUCGUAUGGGUAGGUCGCCAAAGUCGAGUGUGGUAGACAUGGAUUGCCAGGUCUGGGGCGCCGAGGGCCUCUACGUGGUGGAUGCGUCUGUCUUCCCGAGUGCCAGUGGUGUGAACCCGAUGGUGACCAACAUGGCAAUUGCGGACUGGGCCAGUCGGAACAUAUCACGGGUUUAG